AUGCUGCACUCCCGCAUGCCACUGACUGCAACUCGACGCCGGGGAACAGAAAGCACGGGAGAUAUUUUCGAACAUGACGUCAACGACAGCAAGAAAAAGAGCUGUACAUACGACGGCAAGAAAUAUCAUGACGGGAAAACAUUCCCCGCCGUGGACGGGUUCGACACAUGUAAAUGUCUUCAUGGGACAGUAGUCUGUACGGAAAGUAUCUCCGAAAGGGACAUUAACGACAGCAAGAGAAAGAGCUGUACAUACGACGGCAAGAAAUAUCAUGACGGGAAAACAUUCCCCGCCGUGGACGGGUUCGACACGUGUAAAUGUCUACAUGGGACAGUAGUCUGUACGGAAAGUAUCUCCGAACGGGCCAUUAACGACAGCAAGAGAAAGAGCUGUACAUACGACGGCAAGAAAUAUCAUGACGGGAAAACAUUCCCCGCCGUGGACGGGUUCGACACAUGUAAAUGUCUUCAUGGGACAGUAGUCUGUACGGAAAGUAUCUCCGAACGGGACAUUAACGACAGCAAGAGAAAGAGCUGUACAUACGACGGCAAGAAAUAUCAUGACGGGAAAACAUUCCCCGCCGUGGACGGGUUCGACACGUGUAAAUGUCUACAUGGGACAGUAGUCUGUACGGAAAGUAUCUCCGAACGGGAUAUUAACGACAGCAAGAGAAAGAGCUGUACAUACGACGGCAAGAAAUAUCAUGACGGAAAAACAUUCCCCGCCGUGGACGGGUUCGACACGUGUAAAUGUCUACAUGGGACAGUAGUCUGUACGGAAAGUAUCUCCGAACGGGACAUUAACGACAGCAAGAGAAAGAGCUGUACAUACGACGGCAAGAAAUAUCAUGACGGGAAAACAUUCCCCGCCGUGGACGGGUUCGACACGUGUAAAUGUCUACAUGGGACAGUAGUCUGUACGGAAAGUGAUGAUAAAGCAUUAAGAGCUGUAGAAACGUGUUUGUAUGAUGGCGUUGAGUACACAGCUGGGGACAAGUUUAAUGCUACAGAUGGAUGCAAUACUUGUUCUUGUACUAACGGGAUGGUGGCGUGUACUUAUAUGGCGUGUAACCAUGGAGUGGGCCAGAUACACACAUGUGUGUACAACGGGACUGUCUAUUCGGUAGGGGACAACUUCUUCUCCGUGGACGGCUGUAACUCGUGUGGAUGUAGUAAUGGCGGAAUGGUCUAUUGUACAGCAAUGUUCUGUCUUGGACCAAUGAACGUGGUGAAACCGUCACCAUCCUGUACAUACUACGGCAAUACCUUCCUGGAUGGACAUAGCUUUAAUUCCUUUGACGGCUGCAACACGUGCACAUGUAAUGCCGGCAAAGUGUCUUGCACCGAAGAGGCGUGUGCGGGCAGUGCUCCAAACGGCUAUGGAGCGGAAUGUGUGUAUCAUGGCACUGUGUACACGAGCGGACAAUCUUUUCCAUCAGUUGACGGAUGUAACGAAUGCGUCUGCUUCAACAUCCGCGAGAUCUGUACAAAGAAAGUGUGCGCACCCGGCUACACAACACCAGAUCCAAGUCACUGCGAGGCGAACGGUAUAAUGUACAAACCUGGAGAGACCUGGGCCGCGCCGGACGGCUGCAAUCACUGUUUCUGUUCCUCUGCGGGCGUGGCCGGAUGUACCCAAAUGUUCUGUCUCGUCGGACGUGACUUAGAUCGCAGUGACACUUGUUUGUACGAGGGAAAGGUGAUGCACGUGGGAGAUAAUGUUCUUGCCAAAGACCAUUGUAAUCAUUGCUUCUGUUCACGUGGCGGCGCUGUAGCCUGUACUGAGAUGGCAUGCAUUAUUAACCCUGUUGGACGAGAAUUGCCAACACCGGACACGACCCUAUUUAGCGGUCAGACAGGAGGAUGUCACUACAACGGCCAGGUGUACUGGGCGGGAGCUAGCUGGAAAGCCGCGGACGGGUGCAACUCAUGUUUCUGUUCGGCUCAUGGUGGAUCGUUGUGUACUGACGCUGUUUGUGACGUCAAAUCAACCGACGAACGUGACGUGACCACGUGCAAGUAUCACGGCAAGACAUACAAUGUACAUGACAUGUUCCCGGAUGUAGAUGGCUGCAACUCCUGCUGGUGUUCCAACCUUGGCGAUGCCCUCUGUACGAAGCUGUGGCAUUGUACAUUUCAUACUCUCCCAGGUGAGAGUGGGAACUAG